CAAAACGAGACCAGUAACUGCAACGAAACGGUGCGCAGCCAGGUCACCUCCAUCUUGAGAGGUAUUUCUAAUUGAGACAUGCAGCACAAGGCGGCGGCGGUCGAGCGGCAGCCGUCGGGCACGAACGUGCUUCUCCCCAGUGCCACCACACCGCCAGACUGCAUCAUCUGUCGCGCAUGCAAGCAGCCCGUGCACCUCGACGAUAUUGGCGACCACGACUGCAAGACCAGCACCAGUGCACCACCACCCUCUCGUCCGGGUGCUUCGAAAGAACCCAACGCGUCGACUCUUGCAUCCCGCCCGUCCUUGAACGGGUUGAUUCCUUCGUUGCAGCCCCCCGCGGUAGUCGUGUCGGCACCAGAACAACCUGCCAAACCGUCCGGCGUGAUGAAACCUCCGCUGCUCACGCGCAAGUCGUCCGCGUCGUCCAACCAGACCGCCGACAUCCAAGCCCAUGUGACCCAGGUCACCGUCAGCCAACAGGGCUUUGCCACGUAUCGCAUCUCGUCGAGUCUGUGGCCCAACGGACCUCAAUUCACCGUCGACCGCCGCUACCGCGACUUUUACGCGUUUGCGACGCUGUUGCAGCUCAUGCUGAGUCCAUCCUCCACGUCGCCCCAUGCGAUGUGGGUCAAGCUGCCGCCCAAGACGUACUGCAGCCGCAACACAUUGACCGACGGGUUCUUGCUGCGUCGUAAGGCUGGCUUAGAAGGGUUCCUCUCCACGGCCAUCGACAUGCUCUUGAACCCGAAAACCACCGCCGGUCCCGCCCACAAGCGCACGCUCACGCAAAUGCAUGUGUUGCGGGAAUUCCUCGGCAUCCCCGCCGCGCGCGACGUCCACGGCGCCGUCCGAGACUUGAAACGACUCGGGUUGACCUCGGACGGAUGGACGCGAGUACAAACACUUGGCGUGCAGGACCAUGUCUUUGAGCAAGUAGUUGACGGCUUCAACACCAUCAAGCGCGUGGCCACGCUGCCGUUCCCAGCCCGCGCCAUCUUCGACCUGCUGGUGCUUCCUCCGCAUCAAGUGACCGCGUUCAAUCCGAACGUCGUCGGCGGGAGCAUUCUCCGAAAAGAAUCCACGUCCAUGUGGGUCGAACACGUGCAACUCAAGACGUUGUGGCUUCACUCGGGCGUGGACUGCGUGAACGUCAAGAGCUGGCGGUUGGAACCGAAUGGCUCGAUUGUUGUCGUGUCGAUUCCUGCCGCGUCCGCCGACUGUCCGCCGCAGGUGACCGCGACGGCCCAAGGCGUCCUCACGGGAUGGAUCUUGGCUCCGGUGACGACUCCCGAGGAUGAUUCGACGGUGGUGACCAUGGUGACUCAAAUGGACUUGCGCCGGCAUCUCGGGCCGAAUUCGACGUGGAACAAGUUGGCGCUGCGCAAUUACGCCAUGGACAUCACGUACAUUCAUAAACACCUCGAGAAAUCGUUUGAGAAAGCGUACUACGACGCGGUGGGCCCGCUCGUGUCGGCCGACGAGUUGCACUCGCUGACAUUGCACCCCCAAGACAUGCAGAAACCCGUCGUCGCAGGCAACAAGGACCCCAAAGUGUUUUUGCUGUGCCAGCAGAUCGAGCCGCAGUUCUGCUUGUUGAUCCACAAGAACACGAACCGCAAUGCGUUGAUACUGAAGCUGCAUCAAGUGUCGACUGACGGCGGCGACGACCAAGUGCAUGCGAAGGACCCUCUUGUUGGCGAAUGGGUCAUGUUUGAAAAGACCAAAAACCCUCGCCAACCCAUGAGCACCCUCGAACGCAACACGACGUAUCAGUGGACUGCCAAGCAUUUGGGCCAGGGAGUGCAUGCGAUAUCGUUCGGCAUGCUCAAAGGCCGGACGUUCCAGCUGCGCAACCAGCAAGGGUACAGUUUGUAUGGCACGGUCAACGGCAAGCCCAACGUCGUGCUCAAGCGGUUCUACCUGACAUUUGCGCCGUCCAUGGUGGGGCUGGGCCAACUGGACAAGGUUGAGCUCGUGGGCGACACGGAGACGGAGGUCGUGUUCGUGCGUUAAUGCAUAGUCCGUACUCGAUAGAAUCAUAACACUCAUAAUAUUUGUACUAUUGUCAAACGAG